UCAGUCGAGGAGGUCGCCAAGCCUCGCUUAUUCUCUCGCUCAAUUAAUUUCCGCAGGAUUCCGCCCUGUAGGAUUUUUCGUAAAAGAUGAGACCAUGGGCCACUCAAGGAAUACUUCCCGGACACUAACGCCUCGCCGGGUGCACUCUCUUUGCGCGUGGAAGGACGUAAAUCGGUGGAAAUAAGGGUGAUGUUCGGCAGCGGUUGGGCAAGUGCUACAAAUCGGUCGGGAUUUAAAAUGGGAAAUGGACCUCGCAGGUGUUGCAGAAUCAAAGGCCUUGAAACACUGGCCUUUAUCGUCAUUUUAAUCAUCGCACAAUGCUGUUUUUGUCAGAGUGAACAUAUCCCACAAAACACAGAAGACAGAGCACAGAAUGAUGGUGCAAGACAUAACCAAGACAAGGUGUUGACUCCACCCCGCACGUCAAAUCCAGAAAGACAGGUGAUUCAUUCAGGAGGUAGCGUGGAGAAUGCCAAGAAAUUUUUAGGAAUCGUCGGAGCUCACUCUGGCACAAAGGGACCCACAUCCAGUCCCAGACCUGCACAAAAGGUAUUCAUUUCAGAAGACAAUAAACAUGGUGACAAGCAUCAAGGACCCAGGGUAAUUUUUGCAGAGGAUAUUCCCACGAGUGAAAGAAAACCAAAGGCAGAUAAGUCUCCAGUUGAAGUCCCUGUUGCAGAAGAGAUCAUAGAUGAGAAACCAUCAGAGAAGUCAAAAUCGAGUAGUACCAUACCAGACGACUCGGUUUCUAAAGAUGAAACACAGCUAAAAUUAACACAAGAAACACAGGAGAAGGAGGAGGAAAAACAGAAACAGAAGAAGGUGGAAAAGGAAGAGGAGAAUACAGAGGAGACAGGCAAAGAUAAGGCCUCGAGAGUCAAGUUUAUAUCUGAUAUUGAGGAAAUUACAGAAGAAAUUAUUAGUCAGAAUGAACCCGCCGAUCAAGCCCAUGAAGACGAGGAAGCUGGCAGCGCUUCUCAAGACAAGGAUUCAGGACAGCAAGACCCAAAAGAGGACAAAUCCGAGAGCAAAGACAAUGAGGAGAAAAGAGCGGAAAAAGCAACAGAAAAACGGGAGAGUGAUGAGAACAAAAAAAGUGAUGAGCCCAUGGACUUGUCAGAGAAAGCGGACCAAUAUGUAAUGUCGGCCAUUUCGAAUGACAAGGGUGAAGCUCAGAAAGAGAAGUCAGAGCAUGAAAAAAGCACUGAGGACUUCAUAGAAAUAGAGGUGCCUGAUGAGACAUCAGUAAGGGAAAUGGCAAACUUUCUGACAGAGUUACGUAGGAAAGUUCAUGAAACAGUGGAGAGUAAAAAUGUUGAUAGAGUGAGUGGCAAAAGUGAUGUUAAGGAUGCACAGGAAGUGGAGAAGGAAGUAGAAGAGGAGGAAGAGACACAAAUGGCUUUGGAUGAAAUGGACGAAAGGUGAGUACAGUCUUGGAGU